AUGGGGAGUGAUAAUUCAAUUGAUAAAGAUUCAAUUGGUUUGUUGGAGAACGAAAAACAAGGGAAAGGGAAAAGGCUAUGGAAGAAGGUUAAGUACCAGCUUGUUGAGUAUCAUUCUUUGCCAGCUUUUCUUAGAGAUAAUGAAUACAUUCUUGGUCACUAUCGAUCUGAAUGGCCUAUGAAGCAGGUUUUGCUUAGCAUCUUCACAAUCCACAACGAAACUCUCAACGUUUGGACGCAUUUGAUUGGGUUCUUCCUGUUCCUGGCAUUGACCAUAUACACUGCCAUGAAAAUUCCGCAGGUUGUAGAUCUUAAUUCACUACAGCAUUUGCCCGACAUCCUCAAGAAUGCUGACCUGCAUAAACUACAAUCAGAACUUUUGACGUGCCUACCUUCCAUGCCUGAUUUGCAAAGACUCAGGGAUGAAAUCUCAAGCUGGCAUAUAAAAGAACUUCUCUAUAACUGUUUGCCUGUAAGAUUUUCCAGUAGCAAUCAUUCUGAUGUUUGUGUUCUGCACAACGUAAAAGAGGACCUGGCGAACCUAAUAGCACCACUGGUGAUUAGACCAAUUACAAGGUGGCCUUUUUAUGCAUUUUUAGGGGGAGCCAUGUUUUGCUUGCUAGCUAGCAGUGUUUGCCAUCUCCUCUCUUGCCACUCUGAACGUGUAUCAUACAUUAUGCUCAGGCUUGACUAUGCCGGAAUUGCAGCUUUGAUAUCUACCUCUUUUUAUCCUCCAGUAUAUUACUCAUUUAUGUGCUAUCCAUUUUUCUGCAACCUUUACAUGGGCUUUAUUACUAUAUUGGGCAUUGCCACCAUCUUGGUGUCUCUCCUUCCAGUUUUUCAAACCCCGGAAUUCCGCACCAUCCGUGCAUCCCUCUUUUUGGGAAUGGGUUUGUCCGGUGCAGGACCUAUUCUGCACAAGCUUUUUCUGUUCUGGGGUGAACCUGAAGUGUUUUACACAACUGGUUAUGAGAUUCUGAUGGGUUCUUUCUAUGGACUCGGGGCACUGGUUUAUGCCACCAGGAUUCCCGAACGAUGGAUGCCUGGGAAAUUUGACAUUGCUGGACACAGUCACCAAUUAUUUCAUAUAUUGGUUGUAGCCGGAGCAUACACUCAUUAUCGUGCAGGGUUAGUUUAUCUCAGGUGGCGUGACAUUCGAGGUUGUUGA